AUGCAAGCUCAGUCAAAGCUGGUCUCAAGUGGAGGUAACUUUUGGAAGAAGGCUAAAAGUUGCACAGCUGCUUCCUCAUGUGACGUUGCGCUGGAUGCGGCAAGCUGUUUGGAGGCUCUUGAUUCUGUGGAUUCGAAGGGUGCCGUGGGUGGGAGACGGGUGGGAGGAGGGCAACAAGCUUGGUGGUUUCGGGAGCGAGAAAGUAGUUUGAGCUUCUUGCUCUGCACAGCCUUGUGGCAGGAGAUGAUCGGAAGUGCCGUGCAGAGCGAGUAUCGCAGCUAUGCCAAGUUCAUCACCAAGACAGGCUGCAACAGCGUGUCGUCCUGCAAGGAUCGUGUCACCGGCGGCCUAGAUGAGGCUUGGAAUGUUGUCUACGAUACCAUGCAGAAUGCCAACUCGGGCAUAGGUUCCUUGAUCGCACGGGGUACCGAGAAGUUCGGGGACUCCGCCAAAGUUCUUAUGGCUAAUGCCAAGAAGAACACGGGGACAACAGCUACAAGCGAGGUACGAAGCUUCUUUAACGGUGUGGUCGGCCAGUUUCAAAAGCACGACCUGGGCCAGGUCUGCACGCCGUCGGGUGUGGGAUUCUGGUAUUUGGUACCUACGGACUGCGGCUUCUUCUCGAAGUUCGGAGACGUGUUCAACAGCCCUUCAGCCGCCCAGAGCAACUGGAACGAGGCCGUGGAUCGCCUCCAGGAGUGCGUGAUGAAGACUGGCGCUUUUUCUUUUCCCACUCCCUUUCUGGACUUCCGUGUCAAUUCUUUUUGCCUUCCGACUGUGGUUCAGACUCCCAUCGAGUACAUCCUCGGCGUGUUCAAAUUUGCCACAAACACCGGCGCCAGCCUCAUCAGCCACUUCGAAACGAUUGCCGCAAAGAUCCAAGGUCUCAUCAGCUCUUCAGGAUUGAAUUUCAAUCAGACGCUAGGAGGGAAUGAGCUUGACCUGCAGUUGUCAUGGUCUGUGAAGAAAUCCCUGUCAAGACGGCUAGGCAGAGUGGCCUACGCGCAAACUUGUUGUAAACUGUUUGAUGAUGCCCGUGGCUUCCUUAUCUUGCAGUUUGUGCGGGCUUCAACACGGGCCUCCUACGGGGACCCUUGGCAACUUGCGGGCUGCUUACGUGCCACUUACGUGCCACUUACCACUUACGGCUGCGACUUGUCGUCUACAUGCAGCUGCAACGGCAUUGUGCGAUAUGGGUUCGCUGACAAAUGGCUGCUGAGGGAGGUUACAGGAAGCGUACAGUGCUCGAACUCGGUCUUUGGUGAUCCCUACUCGGGCCAGGCCAAAGAGUGCCAGUGCGUGGACUUCUCAGAGAUUCCUUGGUCUCGCUGUGCAUGUCAAGAAAAGGGCCAUCCGACCAACCCAGACUGCCUGUUGUCGAAUACAUGCCAAUGCGACGGCAUGGUGCGUUUUGGAUAUGGUGACAAGUGGUACAUGCAGCCUGUGUCAGGAAGCACAAGUUGCUCCGGCUCUAUUUUUGGCGAUCCAUACCCAGGCCAAGGAAAGGAGUGUCAUUGCAUGAACAGAAAUGCCGCCCAGGACAAACAGCCGAACACAUUUGGCUUGCAAGUCGUUGCUUGCUUUGACUGGUCGUUCGUGGCGUUCACCGUCUCUGUGUGCGUGGGCCUCCUUUUCGGCGAAAAGGAUGGAAACCCGGUCAUUCCGAACCUGGUCAUGGACAUCGAGUUUGGUUCCACCUCCUUUGUGCAACAAGCCCUAGAGGCAGCGGCUCCUGAAACCGGCUUUUCGCUCCUGUUCGAGUACAAGGAGGAGUACCCUGCCUUCCUGCCGGCGAGCGAACCUCGCUGGGGAGUCUCCGCCUCCGUGGACGUGUCCCGGCCUGCUGGAAGGUGCAGUUGGAUGUCGAACUUGAAGGACGUACUCGUCAUGUUUCGUCAGAUUGUGCUGUUACGGCGUGUGAAGAGGAUUGAGCAAUUAAGCAGCAUGCCAGGCCUGGCCGAAGUGGGAGCCGGCGUGGGUGUGUCCUUCUUGCCAGACCCAAAUGCGGCGAAAGGAUACGUUCUGACGCUCGCCCUUGGCCAAGACGAGGCUGGGGAGGAGGCGAAUCAGGCGAAGCCAGCGACCCUGCUGGACCGAAUGCGAAGCGAUGCCCAGGAUGCCAGGACGCGAGCCCGCCAGGACCCGGCCACGGCAGAGCAUGCAGAGACCGCUGCGCUCCUGGCCGCUGUCAGCCACAUGGCCAGCUCCUCUGACUUCGAUCGGAUGUUGCAGAGAGCCGUGCCGAAAUCCGAGCAGCUCGUUCAAGCCAUGGCCUCUGCCGCCCGGAACGUCCCGCCAAAACUGGACGUUUCAGUUUCAUCUGGAUUGGCUUUCUCGUUUUGCCUCACGCCUCCGAAAUGUCAGGGGCAGUGA